GGUUCGUCCUCCAUCACUAGUCGAGCCCACUGACAGAAAACACCACCUAGAAACCAAGCGAGCCCUCACGAUUCAUGGAAAUAUGUAGUUAGCUGGUGGAGUUGCGCCUAUUUCGACAACAAGGGGUUCGGUGGAGCUGAGCAGUUUCAUGGAAAGUUACCAUGGGAGGCCAUGAUGAUGAAGACAUGUCCUAUGUAGUAAAUAAACAAAAACAAGAUGAAGAACUGAAGAACAAGAUAAACGACGGCAGCCACUGGGGCGACCAGGAGUCCACUGGCAACAAUGCCAAGUGGGUAAAAGAAGGCCAGAACCAGCUGCGGAAGGUAGCCGAGAACCAUCAGGAUCAGGACCACAACUGCAAUAUCAGCCAGAAUGGGAACAAGGAAGACUUCCCUCACCAGACAAACACUCAGGAAGAACAACAGGGAAAUGAGGAGCAGACCAAGUCUCCCAAAAUAACGCUGAGCCCUGGCCUCAAUCAGGAAGAGUCCAAGAACAUCCUGAAUGAUACGCUGCUCAUCGACACUCUGGAGUCCACAGAAGAGAAGGACAAAGAGAGAGAAGAAGAUGGCAAAGAGAAGGAGAAGAAAUCAGAUGAAGAUGAGGAGACAUCGGACGAAACCAGAGGAGUCACAGAGGAGCAGAGUAAAGUGGAGUCUCAGAGGGAGGGCGGUGUUGUGGGGAGAAAUGCCUGUCUGCUGUUCUCAAACAUGAAUGGGUCACCAAACGAGGAAGAGUCCUGCUGGCCUGCACAGGACAACACGGCUGACAGCUCUCCAAAUGGCAACAGAGAGUCCUUUUGGGAUUCCAGUGCUUUCGAGACCGACACAGACCUGCCGUCAGGAUGGAUGAGAGUGCGGGAUACAUCUGGCACCUACUACUGGCACAUCCCCACAGGUACCACCCAGUGGGAGCCUCCUUCGCCCCUGGGGAAAGUGGGCGACUCCAUGAUGUCCUCUACUAUGUCCCUGGAGACGACACCAUGCGAGGAGCCUGAGGAAUCCUGGGCUCAGCUUUCCAGCACAGAUGAAGGAGCAGGAGAAGGAGAAGCAGAGCUGUGGAAGGAGGAGGGAGAGGUUGCAUCUGAUCAAAGUCUAAAGGAGUUCGAGGGGGCAACUCUACGCUAUGCAUCAAUCAACCUCAACUACAAUUGCUCCCAUUCUGAUGAAGAAGAGAAGCUUGCUCCACUCAGCACAGAUAUAGAAACUAAGUGUUUCGCAGUUCGUUCCCUGGGCUGGGUAGAGAUGUCUGAGGAGGACAUGGCCCCUGGCAAGAGCAGUGUGGCUGUCAACAACUGCAUCAGACAGCUCUCUUAUCACAAACACAACCUACACGACACUGCUGGCAUCUGGGGAGAGGGUAAGGACAUGCUGAUGGUUCUGGAGAACGACACCAUGAACUUGAUCGACCCUCUGGGACAGACUCUGCUUCACACUCAGCCCAUCGGUAGCAUCCGGGUUUGGGGUGUCGGUCGAGACAACGGCAGGGAAAGGGAUUUUGCUUAUGUGGCUCGGGACAACCUGACCCAGGUGCUCAAGUGUCAUGUUUUCCGCUGCGAUUCACCCGCCAAAAACAUCGCCACCAGCUUACAUGAGAUGUGCUCAAAGAUAAUGAUGGAGAGAAAGGCCACAAAGCCAGGAGUGAGCAGGCUCAAUUCUGAUCCUAGAAACCCUGGCAUCCUUCCUGUUGAAGAAUUCCCUGCCCCCAAAAAUGAACUCUUCCAGCACUUCCAUGUUUAUUAUCUUGGCUGUGAGCCUGUUUUAAAGCCAGUUGGUAUGGAUGUAAUCAAUGAUGCGCUGGAGGCAGCAGUCUCUGGAAAAGAUAAGAGUGACUGGAUUCCUGUGUCUGUGAAUGUUGCACCAGCUACACUCACCAUACUCUCUAAACAGAAUGAGGAGGUCCUGUCAGAGUGCAGGGUGCGUUUCCUGUCCUUCAUGGGUGUGGGAAAGGACGUCCACACAUUCGCUUUCAUCAUGGCUGAGGGUCCCCGAGAUUUCACGUGUCACAUGUUUUGGUGUGAACCCAACGCUGCCAGUCUGAGCGAGGCUGUGCAGGCUGCAUGCAUGCUUCGCUACCAGAAAUGUUUGGACGCUCGUCCGCCCAGCCUGGCCUCGUGUCUGCCCACUCCUCCUGCCGACUCUGUGGCUCGCCGGGUCAAGAAGGGGGUGCAGAGUCUGCUGGGCAGCUUUAAGAGCUACAGGUCUGGCUCUCAGUCUCCCUGAGUUGGAGUGAAGAUGAUCCACAGUCCAUUAAACACAAGGUCCAUCACCACAAUCUCACUUCUCCUCCUCCUCUUCCUCCUGUCAUCUCUUAGCCGAAAUUUUCGCCUUACAACAUCCCACCUGUCCCGUCACUCGUCUAGUGUGUGGAGUAGUUUGUGAGCAAAACGUGUGUCUGAAAAAAUUGCAUUAUUUCCUUUUUUAAAAUUUUUUACUUUAUGAAAGUCCCAUCUCUAAAAAUACUCCACUGUCUAUUCUUCUCACUUGGCUGGGAUUCUUUCUGGGAGUUUUAACUAUUUUUGUGUUUUAACAGAAACUAUGAAAUGAAUGUUUGAUUUGGAUGUAAUUUUACAUGCUGAUGAUAGAAGUUGCUUGUAAAAGAGGUUGCUAGAUUUUCUCACAGAAAUGCUCCCUGUCCCUUAUUCUCCUUGGUGCAAUUAUCACCCUUUACGCUCCCCUUUUUCUACUAUUGUAGAGAAGGUACUGUAUGACAGUCGUAAGUUAGUGUCACAUAUCCUAAAACUGAUUUCUUAAACAUCACUGCACCUCCCUCUACCACUGUAGGUUGUGAUACAAACGCUGUAGGCGUCUCUGUAGCGUGCCACGUAGUUUUAUGUCCCCGACCCUCCUCAAUGAUGUAUUUUAGUCUUCCAAAGAACUGUAUGGUCAUCUGUCACAUAGUGAGCAAACACUGAUCUGAGUGUAGUGUGUUUCUCAUACAUUCUGCAUGAACAUUUGCAAGUUCAGUGCUAGUGUGCAAUAAUCAGAUGUUCCUGUAUGGUGUGGUGAUUCUUUGUUCAGUUUAAUGAGAGAGUCUGGCUGGAUUGAGUGCGAGGCUAACGGAACAACAGAGCCAUGUCGAAAACUAUUAUCUUGUGAUGGAUAUAAUAGUAAUAAAAAAAACAAACUCUGGGUUUUCACACAGCCGUUUACCACCAACAACUACUGAAUAGUACUGUAGAAACUCACCACAAGCUGCAUGUUUUGAUAACCAAGAGUUCUCGCUGCUCGCAGCAGCUUAGUGCUUAAGAUCAUCAAUGUAACCUGUAAAUUCUUCCUCUGUGUUGCUGUACGGUUAGAGGAGGCUGGAGUUGAUGUGUUGUUUCGUGUUUCUUAGGCAUGUCACUCUAGUUAGUGUCAGUGUUUAUCAUAAGCUAGCAGUAGAGAGUUAGACUUCCUGUCAGGUCCUUCAAACUGAAAACAUGAGAGCAGGUAAAUGUUUGUGUUUACAGUUUGUGUAUAUGAAAAAACCUGGAGAUGAUUUCUAAACUGUUUUUUGUUUUCCUCGGCCUCGUUUUGACAUGCGUGGGCCCCGGUUGCUCCAGUUAAUGUAUUUUUUAUUAUUUCCACACACUACAAUGUACACUAUCAAGAUGAUUUUCACAUUAGCUUGUUAGAUUUACUUUUUUUUAUAAAGAACACACUAAAUAGACAAGUUGUAUUUUAUCUCUAUGUGUCCGUCAGUGAUCAAUACUGUAUGUAGCACAAUAGUAAUAGUCAUCUCUAAUACUAAAGGUGCAGUUUGUAAGACUUUUGGGGUUUUUGAUCUCUGCAGUGUUGUUGUUUGGACAUGUUUGUGACGCCUGAAGCUAAUUCCAAAUGUCACAGCACUGACUUACUCUGCUACGUAGAGAUAAAAAAUCAGUCUACAACAUAUAUGCAGUCAAAAUUUAUAUCAAUUUGGAGUGAUUCUGUUAAUUAAGGUCACUACACCAACACCUAACAACGUAACAUUUAAAAAGAAUACAUCUAAAUUUGUGAUUUCUUACUAACACAACACUUGCUGCUUAUACUAAGUGAGACGUUACUUUUUGGUGUUUCAUUUUUAUUAUUAUUUUUUUUCUGUUAUAUAAAACAUAGACAUAGAUUUAAUUUCUAAAACCUCAACAAAUUUGAAUCCCUGAAUAUAUAACCCUUGAUUUCAAUGUUUGCGUUGAGAAUGAAUCUCACAUAAGGUGAAGCAGAUAUCCAACUAUAGGUUCUUUGCAGAUAGCUUCAUGCAGCAGCAGAGGACUCCACUUGGGGGCAAGAAGUGAUUUCUACAUAGAAAAAAAUUACCGAAAAGGUCAUGUUUUGAACUGUUUACGACUAUGCCAAGCAUUCAAAGCGGGAAGUCUUGGUUCUUACGCUAGUUUUGUGUCCCAAAACUGGUGAAAUGUUCAGGCAAAAAAUAAAAAGUUUAAAAAAGUCACAGAGAAAUGGCUGCAGACAGAAAUUGAAAAAAGCCUGGACUAGGCGCUUUCAUAUGGUCCGUUUUAACAAAGCUGUCCAGUUUAGUUCAGUCCAGUUUUGUCAUGGUUUAGCUCAUUAAACCCUGAUCUUACUGGUGUUUUUUAGAGGUCCAGAUGAUUUGGCUCAGCUCAGUUGAGCUGGUUGUUCAGCUCCCAAGCAGCUCUUCAUUUAGUCACAGUUUGGCAUCUUAAAUGUGGAUUAAACAACAAAGGAAGGAGUAAAGGAAACUGGCACUAAAACACAAGCUAGCUACCGUGGCUAACAUUGAAGAGCCGUUUCAUAGCACAGGCUUGUUCAUGAGCGGCUUAGCUAGCCUCUUAGCACAGUACUAGAGUCCUCUGGACUUUUAUCUUCUGUUAUCUGGUCUGCAGACUGAGUAAAUUUUGGUAUUGAUCACCUACAUGCCAAGUUAAUCAAUUUAAACUGUAGAAAAAACAUCACUUUUUUAUAAGUGUAGGUAUGGUACUCAAUGUAUGAAAGACCUUUUCUGAUGAUAAUUGCAGCAUAAAGGCGCAUUUAGAGCUGAAAAGUUCUAACUUUUCUCCGUUCUCAAUCAUUAUCUUUUGCUGUCCCACACUUCCUGACCCUCAACAGAUAUUUACCUGUCAUCAGAAUUACAAUGACUGAAAGAACCUAUAAAACUGUAUUUGAAUCGGCUCUGUAGUUUGUCUGUGCUGAACAACACUUAGCACAAUGGCAUGCUUAGUAAAGUCACGCUAUGCUAAUAGCUUCCUCACAGUUUCACUGGACAACUAUCCCUGUAACAGCGUACAUGCACAUCAGGAGACUGGAUUUGACUGGAACAUGCCCACCUCUGCUUCACCGGGUGUCCCAUUGUAGCUUGCUACUUUCUCCUGUCUACCAUGCCGAUAAGUUAGCAAGCAAGUAAUUGGUUAUAUGUCAAUCACCCAACUCUGAAAAGCAACACAGUGCUUAGUGAGACUUUCAUCUCUUGUUUCUUCUCCUUAUUUCUAACAUUUUAGAAGCUUUUGAACUCUAAAAACUCUUACCAACUGCUUCUUUCUAUGUGUAACACUAAUGAAAAAUAGACCACAUUGACUCAUAUUACUGCCUUGUCACUUCAUGUGUCACUUGGAACUAUUUCUCCGUCUCUUGAUCAAAGUUUGCGGUGUCCAGUAAGUGGCAACACUAAAGCCAGAUGAGUUGAAAAACAUUAGCAGAUUAAUUUAUUUCUGUUUAUGUAAAUUAGGUGUAUAAAAUGUAUGUAUAUAAAAGUCACUGCACAAUAAAUGUGAACAUAUCA